AUGGCUGCGCCAUUUUUCUCAACGCCUUUUCAGCCUUAUGUUUAUCAGAGCCAACAAGAUGCAAUAAUCCCUUUUCAGAUUUUGGGAGGUGAAGCUCAGGUAGUUCAGAUAAUGUUGAAGCCACAAGAAAAAAUCAUCGCAAAGCCUGGUUCCAUGUGCUUUAUGUCUGGAUCAGUUGAAAUGGAAAAUGCAUACCUUCCAGAAAAUGACGUAGGCAUAUGGCAGUGGUUGUUUGGCAAAACUAUAUCCAAUAUUGUUGUUCGUAAUUCUGGACCAAGUGACGGGUUUGUUGGAAUUGCUGCGCCUUAUUUUGCUAGAAUUCUCCCGAUUGACUUGGCAAUGUUUAAUGGAGAGAUCCUGUGUCAGCCUGAUGCAUUUUUGUGCUCGGUCAAUGACGUGAAGGUCAGCAACAUAGUUGAUCAAAGGGGGCGUAAUGUUGUUGCUGGGGCUGAGGCAUUUUUGAGGCAGAAGUUAUCCGGCCAAGGGCUUGCAUUCAUACUAGGGGGUGGAUCCGUUGUACAGAAAAAUCUUGAGGUCAGUGAAGUUCUAGCUGUUGAUGUUUCUUGCAUUGUUGCUGUGACGAGUACAGUCGAUAUCCAAAUAAAAUAUAAUGGUCCUGCAAGAAGGACAAUGUUUGGAGGCGACAAUGCGGUAACAGCUUUUCUAACUGGACCGGGCAUUGUGUUCAUACAAAGUUUACCCUUUCCUCGUUUCUCUCAGCGAAUUGCUAGGGCGGUGACAUCGCCUAACAUGAGGGAAAAUCCAAAGUUUUUCGUACAGAUUGCCCUUUUCUUUUUCCUGGCCUAUGUUGUCAUUGUAUCUUCAUUAAUAUUGACAGAUGUAUGA